AUGCGCAUCAUUUGAGUAUCAUUUUAUAUAAAUAUCGCUGUCGACUUUACAUUUUCCUUACUGAUCGAUUUCAAGUCGGGCAGUGACAAUGGUGGAGAACGAUUACAUUAAAAUUCCUUCUAAGGAUGUCGACAUUCCUGUCGAGAAAAAUCAGGAUCCACCGAAAUAUGGGUAUGGCGUUCGUCACGUACAAUGCAUUCUAAUAUUCAUGUCAUAUUCCAUUGGAUAUUUGGCAAGAGCUCACAUGGGAGUUACCAUAGUGGCGAUGACGAAUAGGGCAGACUCCCUUAAUACACAGAUUAACGAUACCGGACCGUUGAAUAACACACGUGAUAUAAACGAAUCGAGUGGCUUCGUUGCAAUUGAAAAUAAUGAAAGCAGUAUAUACAGGACAUACGAUUGGCCAAAAUCGACACAGGAGAUGGUUCUCACGUCAUUCUUCGUGGGAUACUCCAUAAUGACGUUCCUUAGCGCCAUGAUAUGUCAGAGAUAUGGCGGGAAGCUGCCGCUGCAGAUAUCGUUGUUCGUGAACGGAGCCGUAUCUAUCGUCUCUCCGUGGGUCGUAGCAUGGGGAGGUUGGAAGGCGCUUUGUGUGUGUCGCAUAUUGCAAGGAGCCUCACAGGGAGGACUGCUGCCAGGAAUGCACACAUUAUUAGCAAAUUGGAUCCCGCUCAGUGAAAGAGCGUCCCUGGGCAGUUACGUAUAUACAGGAUCGGGCUUCGGCACAGUGGUCGGUUUCCAGCUGAGCGGAGUUCUCGCCUACAGCCGAUUUCAAUGGCCAUCAACGUUCUGGAUAGUCGGUGUCAUCUGCUUGAUAGGAUUUGCUGUGCUUACGAUAUUUGGUGCAGCAACUCCCGCCGAUCAUAAACGGAUUUCUGAAGCAGAGAAGAAUUUCAUAAUGGGCAAUAACAGUGAAGGCACCCAUACGAAACCGAAUAUUCCUUGGAAGUUAAUAUUGUCAUCUAAAGCAGUAUUGUCUACGUUUUUGACCCACAUCGGAAGUGCAACCUGCUACGUAUUCUUGUUCAUUCAAGUACCCACAUAUAUGUACGCCAUACUCAAAGUGAACAUUAAAGAAAGCGGAGUCUUAGCGUCGUUGCCGUACAUUUCCUUCAUUGUUUGUUGUACCAUGUUUGGUUGCGUCUCUGAUUUCCUCACCAACAGGAAAAUUAUUAAGAUGAAAAAUGUUAGAAGAUUGACUAAUACAUUAGGUUCGGUGAUCCCCGCACUGUGUCUGAUCCUGGUGUCAUUCACCACAAACGUAACACUGGCGGUUGUCUGCUUCGUGACGGCGUUGGGUGCUCACUCCGGGGCACAUGCGAGCUGGGUGGUUAGUUACAUAGAUCUGUCACCGAACUACAGCGGCGUGUUGAUGGGAAUCGGAAACGGCCUGGCCAACGGAUGUGUGUUGCUACUGCCCGUGCUGGUAUCCAACAUUGUGACCGAUGUGACCAACCAAACCCAGUGGCGACUAACAAUGUUUGUAAUAGCGGCGUCAACGGUGCUCACUAACAUCGUGUAUGUGAUAUUCGUGUCUUCCGAUGUAAAGCCAUGGAAUGAUUAUGAAAAUACCAAAGAAUCGGGAGACAUUGCGCUGGAGACAAAGGAAAAUGGACUGAAAACUAAAGCUUAAAUAAAAUAGUCACAUGUUAAUAUAAUUGUUAAACAUAAAUCGUUAAUAUUCUUAA